GUGCUGCCGCGCCGAGCGCGCGUCCGAGGUCUCCGAAACGUCUUUGCGGGAGUCGUGUGCAGCCACGGAAGGCCAGCUGCGUUGAAAGAGUGAGCGGUCGCGGCGCUUGCCAAGCCUGCUCUCCGCUGUGCUGCCUCGCCGCCUCGAGCUCUGCCCAGUCUUACGCAGCCGCUGCCGACUCAGAGUUCAACAGCGAUCAUCACAGCUUUCAACGGAGCCACGCGAGCCCAGAACUGCUCGUAACGCACCGCUCCGCCGGCACGAUGGCGCUCAGAUGCCUCGCGGUGCUGAUCACGAGUGCUGCCCUCACGCCACCGACGCGCACCAGAAUAAUACGCAGAGCGUCGGACGACUUUGAUGUGGACGCCUACAAGAGCGAUCCCAACAACAAAGAUCCAACAGAUGAAUUACCAGGAGCGCCGAACCUGUCGUACGACGACAUGCCGGCGGGCCCCGGCUUCGACGAAUUGAUGGCGCAGUUGGGGGGCGGCGACGACGCACUCACAUCGCCGUACGAUGCCUACGGCGGGAGCGAAGUGGGCAAGAGGGAGGGCGGCGGCAAGACGUACGUCUGGCAGCAGACCGAGAGUUCUAUCACCGUGGCGGCGCCCGUCGCCGAAGGGACAUCUACGAAACAAAUCAAAGUAGACUACCCGUCGCGAAGCUCGAUACUAGCGACGGUCUCCGGAGAUAUAGUAUUGGAGGGCGACCUCGGGGGCGACAUUGAUAGAGACGACUCGUUCUGGUCGCUCGAAGAGAAUCAACUCGUGUUGGAUGUGCAGAAGGCUUCGGGGUCAAGGGAGUACUGGGACGGCUUUUUGCGGGACGAGGGUGAUGCUGCCAAAGCCACAGUAACAGAUAGGGUGUUCUUCGAUAUAGAUAUAGAGGGAGAAUUUAAAGGAAGGGUCGAGUUCGGCCUGUUCGGCGACGACGUGCCUUUGACAGUGAAGAACUUCGUGAGCUUGUGCGAGGGUUUUGAAGGGAUGAGUUACAAGGGCUCGCCGUUCCACCGCAUCAUCCCGGGCUUCUGCUGCCAGGGCGGGGACGUUACUAGUGGAGACGGCACGGGCGGCGUGUCCAUCUAUGGUGGGGCUUUCGCGGAUGAGGCGUUCCCCUUCUCCCACGCUGAUAGGGGGUUGCUGUCGAUGGCGAACAGCGGUCCCGACUCGAACAAGUCGCAGUUUUUUGUUACCUUGGGUGAUUGUACGUGGCUCGACGGGAAGCACGUCGUCUUUGGGAGGGUGCUGAAGGGUGGCGACGUCUUCGAGGAGCUGGAGCAGCUGGGGGACUCGUCGGGCGCGGUUUCAUCUGAAGCGGUCGUGUCCGCGUGUGGGGUCUGUGAGAGCUGACCCUUGCC